AUGAUCACUGGUGAUCAAUUGAUCAUCGCAAAAGAAGUCGCUCAUAGACUUGGUAUGAAUCGUGUCAUCUUGGAUGCUAAUCAUCUUGUAGAUCCUGAAAAAAGCGAAGAAGAAGUCACCCAACAUUGUGAAAGGGCUGAUGGUUUUGCUCAAGUCAUACCUGAACAUAAAUAUCGUGUGGUUGAACUUUUACAAAAACGUGGCCUGCUUGUUGGAAUGACUGGUGAUGGUGUAAACGAUGCUCCUGCAUUGAAGAAAGCAAAUGUUGGUAUUGCUGUACAUGGUUGCACAGAUGCUGCUAGAUCAGCCGCAGAUAUUGUCUUAUUGGCUCCUGGUCUUUCCACAAUUGUUGAUGGUAUUAUUACAUCACGUGCAAUCUUUCAGCGUAUGAGAUCUUAUGCUUUGUAUCGUAUCACCUCCACCGUUCAUUUCUUAAUUUUCUUUUUCUUCAUCACACUGAUAGAGGACUGGGAGAUGAGUCCAAUUCUUUUGAUUCUUAUAGCUUUGUUGAAUGACGCUGCCACUUUAGUCAUAGCUGUAGAUAAUGCAAAGAUUUCAUCAAAUCCUGACAAAUGGAGACUUGGACAAUUGAUUACUUUGUCAUUGGUGUUAGGUGUACUUUUAACAGCUCUUUCAUUUGCGCAUUUCUAUAUUGCAACUCAUGUUUUUGGAAUUGAUAAAGAAGACGAGAGAUUAGAGACUAUCAUGUAUUUACACAUUUCAUCAGCUCCACAUUUUGUCAUUUUCUCAACUAGAUUAUCGGGAUACUUUUGGGAAAAUUUACCAUCACCAACUUUCUUCAUAGCUGUAAUGGGUACUCAAGUAUUUGCUAUGUUCAUCUCAAUUUAUGGUGCCUUAACUCCUGCUGUUGGAUGGGGAUGGGGUGUUGGUAUCAUAGGAGUUUCAUUGAUAUACUUUGUAUUUUUAGAUAUUGUUAAAGUUGCUAUAUUUAAAUAUUGGUCAUUUGAAUUAACAGCAAGAUUAUGGCCAUCAAAAGCUCAUAAAACCAAGUUAAGUGGUCGUAAAUCAGAUGCUUUAUAUCAAGCCAGAAUUUCUAAAAGUGUUGCAAAAGUACGUAAAGUUCUUUUAAUUUGUAAAGUUUUAUUGGCUUUUGAACAAGCAAAGAAAUUAAGCACAAAGAAAGCUAUUGCUGGACCAUCGACAUCAUCAUAA